AUGUCUGCGACGAUGAGUACAUUGAAUUCAGUGGCGGUGUGGGGGCGGCGAAACGAGUCCAACAGUUUCACUUCGUCCUCUUCAUCGUCGUCGAGAAGAGGCGCUCGCAUUCAAAGAAGCAGUCAAAGAAGCAGAAGACAAAACGCGGGUAAAUGCUCUUCGUCUUCAUCUUCUCCCUCUGGACAGACGACGAGUUCUAAUCAGCAGAUCUUAAGAGACGUGACGAAGAAACUCCGCGAUUGCGUCAAGAGGAAAGCGCCGUCAUCCGCCGUCGAUUUGCUCGUGUCUUUAGGGAGAGACCAUGGGAUCGAACCGGACGCGCGCGCGGCGUCCACGUGCAUCGCGGCGUGCAUCGCCGGUCGGGAUUUAGACAUGGCGGAAAAAGUGUUCGAACAAGUGUUUGAAGGCGGCGUGUGCGAACCGGAUGAAAUCGCCGUCGUCGAACUCGUGAAAGGGUAUUUGACCAUUGGGAGAGAGAAUGUGCCCUUGUGGCAGAAAGCGACGAGUUUAUGCGCCAAGAUGACGAACGAGUACGGGAUCACAAGAACUGCGGUGACGUACAACGUUUUAUUGCAAUGCUGCGCGAAUACGAACGAUUUUGAGAGAGCGGAGGAAAUUAUCGAUACCAUGUACGAUGAAGAAGUCGCGCCGAGUCCGGAGACGUUUAAAGCCGUGGAGAAAAGGAGGAGCAUUCGCUCGUACGCGAAGAAGGUGUUGAUGUAA